UUAUUAUCGUUGCAUGUUGAAUGAUAUAUAGAAUCCAAAUGUAAAAUUUCACGUGUAAUGUGGUUGAGCUGCAUUUAGGAGUGGUGUUGCUAAUAGAAAUAAACAAUUUUCUAUAAAAUAACAUUUACUAGUAAUUAACAAUGACAACUAACAUUUGAAUACGAUUUGUUAUGAAUUAUGAUAACAUAAAUAAUGUAAUUGGGGGUAGGACUGUGUAAUUGUAUAAAUUCUCAUGGUAAUUAAGCAGUUAGUGUUUCGUAUUAGUGUGCGUUGAACUGUUUUACGUAUCGCGUGGAUCGCGUUUAUUACUUUGUACGUAGGAGGAAUCAGAAGCAGAAGGAAUAACUUUUACGAUUCAGUAGUGCAGCUGCGCUCGAAUACAAAAACGUGCUCUGCAGUUAGUAGCGUUCUUUUCUGUAUAUAUCUGUAUCUUUUUUUUUAUCCCUUUUAAGUCUUACAAAUAGUCUUUUCCAAUCUUCGGAGUUUACAUUGAGUUUUGCUAAGAGAAUUAUUUUUUUCCCCCCUUUUAUUUAAUAUUCAACUACAGUACUUUUUGUUGACGAUGAAUUAAGAGAAAUAAUUUUUUUUUUUUUCUCUCGAAAAUCGUUUGAAAUAAACUGGAGUAGUAAAAAUAUUUUUUAUACCGGCGAAUGGAGAAUUCAUUUACAAAACAUCGAAGAAAAAAGAGUGUAGGAGAUUGAAUUUCAAGUAAACUAUUGAUUAAAUCAACGUAUUUCAACUGAUCAACAUAUCUGUGACUUAUUUAUUAUUUUCUUUUUUUAUAAAAAAAAAAAAAAAAUUAAAAGAUUGUGCAAUUGUUACUUUUAAUUGAUUUUUGGGUUUAAAUAAAAACCAUCAAGAUGCAAGAACGAUUUAUUGUGACUCCAGCCAAUAACAGCAAUGCUCAUUACGAUUGUGGUGUAUUACAAUCGAAUCAAUCGUCUGCUCAUGACUAUGGUGAUGGUGGCAAUGCUGGUGAUGGCGAGCCCAUCGUUGGUAGUGGCAAUUUCGAAAAAAAGCCUGGAUAUGAAACCAAUCUCUACUUGUAUAGUGAGGAUUUGGAUGAUCGACCGCGUAUUGCCACUUUACUUAAUAAUUUGGCAAGUUACAGUAAUACAAUUCCAGUUGCUACUGAUCCUGAUAGUAAACCAACGCCCACUGCAGGAGGUGGUGGUGAUGGCGGUGGUGCACGAAUGGGCACAUUAGUGGGUGUCUUUUUACCUUGCAUCCAAAACAUUUUUGGUGUUAUUCUAUUCAUCCGUCUUACCUGGGUCGUUGGUACAGCUGGUGCUAUUCAAGGAUUCUUAAUUGUUUUGUGCUGUUGCUCUGUUACUAUGUUGACAGCUAUCAGUAUGAGUGCAAUAGCUACCAAUGGUGUAGUGCCAGCUGGUGGUUCUUAUUUCAUGAUAUCAAGAAGUCUUGGUCCUGAAUUUGGUGGUGCUGUGGGUAUGCUUUUCUACACUGGUACCACGUUAGCUGCUGCUAUGUACAUUAUUGGAGCAGUUGAAAUAGUCUUGACAUAUAUGGCACCAUCGCUCAGCAUCUUUGGAGACUUUACAAAGGAUCCGAACAUCAUGUACAACAAUUUCCGAGUUUACGGUACUGGUCUACUUGUGGUAAUGGGUACCAUAGUUUUUAUUGGAGUUAAGUUCGUCAACAAAUUUGCUGGAGUUGCUCUCGCUUGCGUAAUAUUCUCUAUAAUAGCGGUUUAUGUGGGUCUCUUUACCAAUAUCAAUGGCAACGAAUCUCUUAAAAUUUGCGUACUAGGUAAACGCUUGUUGAAAGAUAUUGAAAACAGUGAAUGUCACAAAAAUGAAUCUGGAACUCUCUGGAACAUUUUCUGUAAUAACCAAACUAGAAUAUGUGAUGAUUAUUACAAUACCCAUAAUGUAUCACUUGUCACUGGUAUUAGAGGACUUGCUAGUGGAGUUUUUCUAGAAAAUUUAUUCGGUAGUUUUCAAGAACAAGGACAGUAUAUUUCUUACGGAAAUGAUCCAAUUGAUAUUGAUAAAAUGACUCCGUCAUCUUACAAUUUUAUUCAAAAUGAUUUGACAACUGCAUUCACCAUUUUGAUCGGUAUUUUCUUUCCAUCCGUAACAGGUAUAAUGGCUGGUUCCAACCGAUCGGGAGACUUGGCGGAUGCCCAAAAAUCGAUUCCAAUUGGUACAAUUUGUGCUAUACUAACAACGUCGACAGUUUAUUUAUCAAGUGUUUUACUAUUUGCCGGUACUGUGGAUAAUUUAUUACUCCGAGACAAGUUUGGGCAAAGUAUUGGUGGCAAGUUAGUAGUAGCAAACAUUGCCUGGCCGAAUCAAUGGGUAAUUCUCAUUGGUUCAUUUUUAUCAACAUUGGGAGCUGGACUACAAUCUCUAACAGGAGCACCUAGAUUACUUCAAGCUAUAGCAAAGGAUGAAAUAAUACCAUUCUUAACACCAUUUGCAGUAAGCUCGAGUCGUGGAGAACCAACUCGGGCACUCGUUCUCACUGUCAUCAUAUGUCAGUGUGGUAUACUUCUGGGUAAUGUUGAUUAUCUAGCACCUUUACUAUCCAUGUUUUUCUUGAUGUGUUACGGUUUUGUAAAUUUGGCUUGUGCUCUACAAACUCUCCUAAAAACUCCCAAUUGGCGACCACGUUUCAAGUACUACCACUGGAGCUUAUCCUUCAUUGGAUUAUCCCUAUGUAUCGCUAUCAUGUUCAUGACCAGCUGGUACUAUGCUUUACUUGCGAUGGGAAUGGCCGGCUGUAUAUACAAAUAUAUCGAAUACCGUGGUGCUGAAAAAGAAUGGGGUGAUGGAAUACGUGGUUUAGCACUUUCAGCUGCUAGAUAUUCACUACUAAAACUAGAAGAAGGUCCACCUCAUACCAAAAACUGGCGUCCACAAAUUCUGAUCUUUGUUAAGCUCACAGAUACACUAAUGCCUAAAUAUCGUAAAUUAUUUGCUUUUGCAAGCCAAUUGAAAGCUGGAAGGGGAUUAACUGUAUGUGUUAGUUGUAUUGAAGGUGAUUAUACAAAAAAUUCUGGACAAGUUCUCGCAGCUAAACAAAAUCUUCGUAAAAUAGCCGAUGAAGAGAAAGUUAAAGGAUUUGUUGAAGUACUUGUAGCACGCGAUAGAACUGACGGUAUCAGUGCAUUAAUACAAACAACUGGUCUUGGUGGAAUGAAACCCAAUACUGUGAUACUUGGUUGGCCUUAUGGUUGGCGUGAGCCCAAUGACGACAAAACAUGGAGAGUUUUUAUUCAAGCUGUACGAAAUGUCACUACCGCACGAAUGGCCUUACUUGUGCCAAAAGGUAUAAACUUUUUCCCGGAUUCAACAGAGAAAGUUGUUGGUUACAUUGACGUCUGGUGGGUGGUACAUGACGGUGGACUUCUCAUGCUUUUACCCUUCUUACUUAAACAACAUCGUACUUGGAAAAAUUGUAAAAUGCGAAUUUUUACUGUGGCACAAAUGGAAGAUAACUCUAUUCAAAUGAAAAAGGAUCUUAAAAAGUUGUUAUACAAUUUGCGAAUCGAUGGAGAGAUUGAAAUUGUGGAAAUGAUGGACUCUGAUAUUUCAGCUUAUACAGUCGAAAGAACUUUAGUGAUGGAACAAAGAAAUCAAAUGUUGCGGGAAUUGCGACUCAAUAAAAAAGAGUCACUAGGAUUGGUGCCGUCUGUGGUGGAAUUCAACGAGGUACUCGCCGAAGAAAAAUUACCUCUGGUACAAGCAGUUGUUGAUCAUCAUCACAAUGUCGAUGUCAAGACAGCAACAAAAGUAAGGUUCCAGGAACCAGGUGUACAGUCAUCAGGUGGAACUGAUGAAGCUCAGGAAAAACUUGUUCAACCAGAAAAUACCGAAAAAGAAAAUGAAAAUACCGAGAGUAAUGAAGAUAAUACAGAAGCUAAAUGUCAAGAUGAAGCUAAAGAAAAGGAUGACAAAGAAUCAAAAGAAAAAGUUACUGAGAAGUCUGAAAGUGGUACAUCACCUAAUAACUCUAGACCACCAAUCACACCUGAUGAAGAUGAUGUUAGACGUAUGCAUACUGCAGUAAAACUGAACGAGAUUAUAGUCAACAAGAGUCAUGACGCUCAAUUAGUCAUACUGAAUCUUCCUGGUCCUCCAAGAGACACUAAAUUGGAACGGGAAUCAAACUAUAUGGAAUUCCUUGAGGUUUUAACAGAGAGUUUGGAAAAAGUAUUAAUGGUGCAUGGUGCCGGACGCGAAGUUAUUACAAUGUAUUCGUGAAGUGACUUGACGAGGAUUAGAAACAGCAAGAAUAUAAAAUUAAUAGAACAAGAUGAAUUUUACAAUUCAAUUUCUUUGAUAUUUGUCAACAUAGAACUAAUAUCACAACGCUAUUGUUGGCUCCUCCAAUGCCACUUAAUGCGAUUAAAUAGAUAUGACUUUUGUCUUUCAAAAUCUACUGAUACAUUUGUUUCAUAUUCCAAAAGAAUUUCAUUUAAUAAUUCAGUUAUUCAAGUACGAUAAAAACAGAAUAAACAUGUAAGAAAAAUAAAGAAUGCUCGAGGAUUACAAUGGAAAUUUCAUUGACUGCUGGCCUCGUAAUAUCUAAACAAGUUACAAGCUUCGAUGAUAAUGCCAAAGUAACGUGCCAAGGAUAAGUUUCCUUCGAGUGGAUUCCAAAGAUAUAAAAUGACACAAAAUAAAAAUAAUUAAAAUAUAUGUUAGGUAAUGCACUCUUUGUUAGAAUUUGUCACGAAUAUCGCUCUACAAAAAAACGAGUCUGAAGUUACGGAUAAUUUUAUCACUGAUUAAUAUUAAUGUAAUGUGUGACAAGCUUCAUUUCGACAGACAUGUAAUAGAAGGAAUCUAUUUCAAAAAUUGAAAAAAAAAA